CCUGACCUCCUGAUCCACCUGCCUCGGCCUCCCAAAGUGCUGGGAUUACAAGCGUGAGCCACCACGCCCGGCCCAGUCUGGAUAUCUUUUAAAAAGGCGAGGUUGGCUGAGGAGCCAGCAGCGCAGAAAUGGAUGUAGGUGGGUCGGGUUCUCUUCUUCUCAACCGAAGCCCUUACUUAGGGUUUAUAAUAAGGUCUGAGGACAGGCAUGGCUUGGGUGACUGUUAGAAAUACGUAAUCUCAGGCCUCCUGAAUCAGAAUCUUCAUUUUGAUAACAUCCCUAGGUGAUUUAUGCGCGCGUUAACGUUUCAAAAUGGCUGCCGUACGCUUCCCAAGAUUUUGUGUUUAGGAGACAGUGUUGACAUCUGCAUUUGGCUGUGCAGACGGUGGCCUAUACUGCAAACCUAAUGAAGACAAUAAGACUCGAGACUUGUGAGUCACACUCUGGAUCUUUAUGACCUCUUAGACAUCACUGGUCACCUAAUCAGGAUGAUAUAACGAAAGUUGUGAUGUGGGAUGCUAUAGGUAGAAAACCUACAGUGAACAUGGGUGCUUGAGAAUGUGCAGAAGCACCCAGGAAAGGUGUAAAAAGAGGUGUUCAGUCAACCUGAGGUGGAAAGAAAAGGCGGAAUGUGUAUUAGGGAUGCAUGGGUUUAUUCACCAACUUGGCAUCCCACAGACAUUGUCUCUAACCAAGGAACCCAACUUAUAGUAAAAGUGACAUGGUAGUCAGUUUCCAAGAUGACUCUCAAUGAUGCUAGCUUUGCGUAAUCCCUUCCCACAUUGAAUUCGUCUGAUAGACUCAGCAAUAGUGGAUAUAAGAAAUGAUGUAUGACAUCUGGAGCUGGGUGGUACAAGAUACUGUAACUUCCAUCUUGCUCUCUUGAAGCACUUGCUCUGGGGGAAACAAACUAUGUGUGAGAACAUGUCUCAUUAGCACUAUGGAGAGGUCCAUGUGAGAAACGGAGGCUUCCGGCUGACAAUAACGUGAAGGAGCCAUCCUGGAAUCCCAUCCUUCAGCCUCAGUCAGGCCUUCAGAUGACUGAGCUGCUGCUGAAAACUUAACUGCAAUUUCGUGAGAAACUGUGUUACAGAACCAUUCAGCUAAACAACGGCCAGAUUCAGGACUCACAAGAUUUGCGUGAGAGAAAUGUUUACUGUUUGAAAUUGCUAAAUUUUAGAAUAAUUUGUUAUGCAACAAUAGGUAAUUAGCACAAGGGGUCCGACUGGUGUCCGCGGGAUUCAUGGGUAUUGUACACCAUCAACACAAGCAGCUGACGUUAUGGCAUAGUGAGAUGGUUUUUUAAACACUCAGUUUUGGCACCAUUUGAAGCUACCCUAUAAGUUUUGGGUGCUGUUUUACGGUUAUUGUAAGAUUCAUACCAGUGAACAAUAUAUGCGGAACUUUUUCUCAGCCAGGAAUUUAUAGAGCAAGGAAACGAGGGGUACAAGUGGACAUGUCUUCUUGUAAUACCUAGUGAUUUACUUGCAAAAUUUUAUUUCUUAUCCUGGAAACACCGGACUUUGUAGAGACUUCUUGCUGGCCAAUUUGGGCUCCAUUUGUUACUGAAUAAACUCACCAAAAAGGCGAUUCUAACAUUGUUAUGGCUUUGACUAUCAACAGAACAUAGUUCUGCAGCUUCACAGGGGUAGCAAAGAGGAUUAUGGAUAGAAAAAUCUCAGAGAAUUCUGGAGUUCACAUGUUCAUUGAUAACAUGAAAAACUGGAACAAUCUUAUACACUAUAAGCAGGACUAUAAGGAGGCCACAUCUCUCAGACAUGAAAGUUUUGGGUGAUUACGUCAGAUUAAAAAACAACUUGGAACAGCUGAGACAUUGGCUAAAGACAAGGAAAAGGAAUUAGCUUGUGGACGAGAAUAAUUAUUAAUAUCAACUAAGGGUUUGUGGCUACCUGCAGAAAUAAAGAUUACAGUAUUUGUUCAUAUUUUCCUCCUUUUUAUCCUUUCUGUUUUCUCCAUAUUUUAUAUACACAGGAUGUGUAGUUCUUGGUUAGCUUUCAAGCUGGAUUCAGAAGUUUCAGAAUGUCAGGAUGGGAUCACGAUUGGAGUACAGGGGAUCCUCUUAUGGACCUUGAUGGAGUAACUGAUGGGACUUUGCAUUGUUUCCUAUUGUGGGAAAUAUAGCUGCACUAUGUUAGGCCAGAUUGUUUCUUUGUGGUAAAUUGGUAAGAGGGUUAUGUAUUCAUAUGCAACUGAAGGGAUGGAUUUUAGUGAGCAUUUAUCAUGUUUUUGGCUUCUGAAUUUCUGCAACUCCUUCCAAAGCUUAGGUAAUCUGUUGCCUCAUAACUAUUGGGAAAAUAACUUACUUCCUAUAAAACAGGAAAUCCAGAAUAACUGAUUUCCCAGUCUCUCUUGCCCCAAAGAUGUGGGCAUGUGACUGCCCAUCAGAUACCCCUGACUCAGCCUUUGGCACAAGGAAGAAGAGACCAAGAGGAACCUUUUCUGGCAGUGGUAGCCAUUGCAGCAAGAUAGAUUCUUGGGGCAGCAGUGGCAGCAGUGCUAUUAGUGUCACCUCAUGGCCAGUGAUAACUGUGUCAAAACUAUGAACGGCAACAUUUAUGCUUGGAGGCAGCAGUUGCAUUGGUAUUAUUUUUUUCACUAUAGCUGCUGUGUGGUCUUCCGAGCCUCGUUCUCCAGCUGCCCAGGGUUUUUGAAAGGUAUUCAUUAUUUUCAUGAAAUCCUUUCCUGCUUAACUCAGCAAGAGUUGGUGUUUGUUAUUUGCAACUAAGAACUGCGAAUGAGGCCAGAAUGUAGCCAGUCAUUAGAAAAUGACUUGAACUGUGAACUGGACAGCCAUCCGUACUUUCUCCAGCUCUUCUCUCUGUGUGUUUACAUCUUUUGCUCUUAUCUAUAGACGUUUGCUUUUUAUCCAUCUGUAAGUCAGCCAAAAGACAAUUGCAACCUUCUGGGAUUACUCGUUACAGGCCAAGUCCUAGCCCAUGAGCGGGACAAACCAGUCGAGCGUCUCCGAGUUCCUCCUCCUGGGACUCUCCAGGCAGCCCCAGCAGCAGCAUCUCCUCUUUGUGCUUUUCCUGAGCAUGUACCUGGCCACCGUCCUGCGGAACCUGCUCAUCAUCCUGGCCGUCAGCACAGACUCCCACCUGCACACCCCCAUGUACUUCUUCCUCAGCAACCUGUCCUUUGUGGACGUCUGCUUCUCCUCCACCACUGUCCCCAAGAUGCUGGCCAAUCACAUACUUGGGACUCAGACCAUCUCCUUCUCUAGCUGUCUCAUGCAGAUGUGUUUUCUCUGUAUGUUUUCUGACAUGAACAGUUUCCUCCUGGCUGUGAUGGCCUAUGACCGCUUUGUCACUGUGUGCCACCCCUUACAUUACGCAGCAAAGAUGACCCAUCAGCUCUGUGCCCUGCUGGUCACUGGAUCACGGGUGGUUACCAACUUGAAUGCUCUGCUGCACACCCUGCUGAUGGCUCGACUCUCAUUCUGUGCAGACAACACCAUCCCCCACAUCUUCUGUGAUGUGACUCCCCUCCUGAAACUCUCCUGUUCACACACACACCUCAAUGAGUUGAUGAUUCUUACUGAGACUGCCGUAGUCAUGAUCACCCCAUUUCUUUGCAUCCUGGCUUCCUAUAUGCACAUCGCCUGUGCCAUCUUGAGGGUCCUAUGCAUGAAGGGAAGAUGGAAAGCCUUCUCCACCUGUGGCUCCCACCUGGCUGUGGUUCUCCUCUUCUGUGGUACCAUCAUAUCUCUGUAUUUCAGCCCUUCAUCCUCCCACUCAACUCAGAGAGAUAUAGCAGCUGCUGUGAUGUUCACAGUGGUGACUGCCAUGAUGAAUCCUUUUAUCUACAGCCUGAGGAACAAGGACAUAAAAGGGGCUGUUGUAAAAGUGAUUGCUGUGAAAUUCUUUUCUGUUCAAUAAUGAUAUGGGCUAAGAAAUUCCUAGAAGGAGCUAAUUUCUGAGAUAAUUCUGUUUAUUUUUUCUACUGUAUGAAACUUAGCAUUGUGUGUUUGUUUUGAGACGGAGUCUC